AUGGCAUCCAACCAAGACCAAGACCUCGAAGCAUGCCCCAAAACCCUCACCCCCAACCCUCCCAUCAAGGCCGAAGCCUCCAAAGAUCCCAACCUCGUCACCUGGAACAGCCCUAAUGACCCAGGAAAUCCCAAGAAUUGGCCGAGAGGCCUAAAGUGGCAAAAUACGUGGUCGGUUUCGCUUUUCGUCUUCAUCUCGCCCGUGUCGUCAUCAAUGAUCGCCCCGGCCAUGAAUGAUCUCGCGCAGUCGCUGGACAUGCAUGCGGAAAUUGAGAUAUAUCUUUCAUUGAGUAUCUUUAUUCUCGCGUAUGCCAUCGGCCCUGUUUUCUUUGGUCCGGCGUCGGAAUUAUACGGUCGAGUGCGUUUACUCCAACUCAGCAAUGUGUGGUAUCUGGCCUGGAAUCUGGGAUGCGGGUUCGCGAGGACGAAGGGACAGCUUUUUGCGUUUCGGUUUUUGGCGGGGAUUGGGGGGAGUGCGCCGCUGGCUAUUGGAGGGGGGACUAUUAGUGAUAUGUGGUCCGCGGAAGAACGGGGGAAAGCUAUGGGGGUGUAUACUCUGGGGCCAUUACUGGGGCCUGUGAUUGGACCGAUUGCGGGCGGGUUCAUUGCCGAGUAUUCGACCUGGCGAUGGGUGUUUUGGGCUACUUCUGCUGCUGCUGUCGCAGUGCAGGUAGUUGGGGUUUUCUGGUUGAGAGAGUGCCAUCCGGGGACGAUUUUACGGAGGAGACGAGACGUUCUUGCUAAGGAAACAGGAAAUGAGGAGCUUCAUACCGCGGAGAAAGUUGAGACACUCGGCUUCAAGCUCCUUCAUGCGUUUGAGCGGCCGGUGCGGAUGUUCACGACUCAGCCCAUUGUCUUCUGUAUGGCGCUUUAUAUGGCCUAUCUCUUCGGCGUGACGUACAUGAUGUUUGCGACCUUCCCGGAUAUCUGGACCGACGUCUACCACGAGAGCUCUGGGAUUGGGGGCCUCAAUUAUCUCUCCAUCGCGAUUGGAGCGUUCAUCGGGCUCUUCUUUAACCUCAAGCUCGUGGACCGUAUCUACAGGACUCUCAAAGCCCGGAACAAUAAUAUAGGCAAACCCGAGUUUCGAAUGCCGUCGUUGGCUGUGGGCUCGAUCAUCAGUACUAUCGGGCUCUUCUGGUAUGGCUGGAGCAUUGGGAAUACCCAUUGGAUUAUGCCGAAUAUCGGUGCGCUGAUUUACACCAUGGGCACCAUCUCCUGCCUGCAGGGCAUGCAGACGUAUAUUGUUGACAGCUAUCAAACCUACGCAGCUAGCGCUAUGGCUGCCUGUGCCGUGCUGAGGAGUUUGUGCGGCUUCGGAUUCCCGCUGUUUGCUCCCUAUAUGUAUAACGCCCUGGGGUAUGGUUGGGGCACCAGUGUGUUGGCUUUUACGGCCAUGAUUUUCGGAUGGGGAGGGCCGUUUGUUUUCUGGAAAUACGGGCCCCGGUUGCGUGCCAUGUCUGAAUAUGCCUCUGGUUGA